AUGUUCAGACAGGCCCUCAGAUCACAGUCACAGGCGUGCCGUUUCUCCACGAGCGUAGCGAGACUGCAGAACAAGGCGCCUGUGAACCCUAAGCAGAAGAGACCGAUGCUGUCGGACUCCAAAUACGAGGCUGAGAGCUACCAGCUUCCCAAGGUGAUGCAGGCUGUUGGUGAGGUUGCGAUCACGGUGUUCAGGCUGGACAUGGAUAGGAUCCGUGCUGGUCCAAUUGCAGGGUCAGUGUACUAUGCUGAGUGUAAGAGAAUCGGGCUGCAGUUCCAGGACGAGGAGCUGAGUGACACUGCCAAGUUCUUCUACGAGGACCUUCACCUUCCACGGACGUUUUCGCAGUGGUUUCAGAUCACUGCCUUGCACACCUGGAUGCUGAGUGUUAGGAUGCGUGCGAUGCCUUUCAAAUACGGGAAGAACUACCAGCAGAAGCUGAUUGACCGUUUCUUUAGAGACAUGGAGCUGAGACUGCACGACGAGAUGAACGUCAACAGCUCCCGGAUCUCGGACCAGUACCUGAAGGAUUACAACGACCAGCUGAGAGGUCUCGUGUGCUCGUACGAUGAAGGCUUUGCCACGGAUGAUGCCACGCUGGCGAGUGCGCUGUGGAGAAACCUGUUCAAUGCGAGAACCAACAUCGACUUCUCACACCUGGAGGCGAUGGUGAAGUACGUCAGAGAACAGCUCUACGUGCUUUCGAAGAUGAGCGACCGUGAUUUUGCCACGGGUAAGUUCAAAUUCGUGCCACCUGAUCAGAUUGUCAACCAUUUCACCAAGGAACAAGAACAGGAGAUGCUGGAAAGGGCAAAGAAGGAAUACGAAGCAGAAUCGCUACUCCCAAGCCAAAGAUCCAAACUCAGUUACGAAAAUUGA